GGCAGACUGUCGGUUCUGGCGUUCCCUGGUGCUAUUUUGCAGUUUCAGAAACCAUUUGCGCCACAAACCAGGAAAUACCUGGUUUAAAGUCAGUGGCGCGUUGUUCAGAUGCUAUUUUAAGGGCGCGUGAAUAAUGUUGCUUGUGCACCUCGCGCAUACACUUUGCUUCUCUCAUCUACCUAGCCACACAUUCUUGGUAAAUUAUUUGGGAAAGAACAGCUAAUACAGCGGUUAUAAGUUGCACUUUUAAAUCAAUGCAUCUGCAAACACGUACAGCAAACACAUAUUUUCUUGACACAGACCUCGUGUACAUGCCCAUAACUUUUAGGAUUGAUGAGUAUUUGAUCGUGAGAAAACAUUGUUUUGCCGCGAGUGAGUUUAAAAGUUAAAAAAAGAGUUAGGAAGAAUGAAUGAAUGCGGGUGCUCGUGUGUGUAUCUGUAAAAUAAUGAAUGAAUGCAGGCGUGCGUGUGUGCGUCCAUCUGUUCAAACACACGCAAAGUGAACCGGAGAACGGGGGGGUUGGCUCUGCUGGUGCACGUCAGGUUGACCACACUGCCCAGCGACACCGUGGGGGGGCUGACGGAGGCCUGCGACCUCCUGACUGGUUCCAGCUCAGGUGAGGCGGCUGGUGAGUCCUGCUGUAGUGAGUCCUGCUGUAGUGAGUCCUGGUGUAGUGAGUCCUGCUGUAGUGAGUCCUGCUGUAGUGAGUCCUGCUGUAGUGUGUCCCGCUGUAGUGAGUCCUGCUGUAGUGAGUCCUGCUGUGUCGAGUCCUGCUGUGUCGAGUCCUGCUGUAGUGAGUCCUGCUGUGUCGAGUCCUGCUGUGUCGAGUCCUGCUGUAGUGAGUCCUGCUGCGUCGAGUCCUGCUGUGUCGAGUCCUGCUGUAGUGAGUCCUGCUGUAGUGAAUCCUGGUCUAGUGAGUCCUGCUGUAGUUAGUCCUGGUGUAGAGAGUCCUCCCGUAUUGAGUCCUGCUGUACUGAGUCCUGCUGUAGUAAGUCAUGCUGUAUUCCGAUCUCCUUCCAAUAA